UCUCUUGUUCCUCCCUUUUCGUCCUGCAGCCAAUCCGGAAACGUUCCGCUCCCUGGAACUCAGGUUGACUCGGACUUUCCCUUCGCCACCAACUGAUUUCCUCUUCGCCUGAAUCUCUGUUGAACGAUUCACGUCUCUUUUCUACACUUCGUUUGGCUUUCGCUGUUUUUAACACAGACAUGCUUUUAGUAAAGAGGCUUUAUGUCUUUCUUUUAUUUGUUACGGCUACGACCUUCGCCUCUGCUGACAAAAUGACAGCAGCCACGGUGUACUGGGACCCCCAACACAAGAUGGUCGUGCUGAAGGAGGGGGUGCUGGAGACGGAUGGGGAUGCAUACGGGUAUCUGAAUGAUACCCUGUCCAGCACCGGCUGGAGCAUCCUAGAGAUACGUGCCGGAUACGGAAAGACCCCCGAAACUGAUGAGGUGACCUUCUUCCUGGCCGGCUACCUCGAGGGCUUCCUCACCGCCCAGCAGAUGAUGGACCACUACGCCAACAUGUAUCCACAGCUGAUCCACGACCCAAAGAUUCUCAGCCCCGUUCAGAAUUUCAUGGCGAAGCAGGAUGAAUGGACCAGAGAGCAGGUGAAGCUGAACAAGAGCUCUGAUCCUCUGUGGAAACAUGCAGGCUUUAUCGUGGCUCAGAUGGACGGACUGCAAGCCGGAGUCGCACACUGGGCCAAGGAACAAGGGAAAAAGCCACUGUCCCUGUUUGAUGUCCAGUUCCUGAACGCAGUGGGAGACCUGCUGGAUCUGAUCCCAGCCUUGGUCCCCACCUCCAACCCUCCGCUCAGAAACUACAAACUCCCCGGGAUGGGUCACUGCUCUGCUCUCAUCAAGAUGCUGCCCGGCUUCGAGAACCUCCUGUUUGCCCACUCCAGCUGGUACACGUACGCUGCCACAAUGCGGAUCUACAAACACUGGGAUUUCCACAUCAGCGAGCCCCACGCCGCCACUGGGAAACUGUCCUUCAGCAGCUACCCUGGUUUCUUGGUGUCUCUGGAUGACUUCUACCUCUUGGGCAGUGGUCUGAUGAUGACCCAGACCACCAACAAUGUCUUCAACUCCUCCCUUUUUGACAAAAUCACUCCCAACAGCCUGUUGUCGUGGCAGAGGGUCAGGCUGGCUCACAGUUUGGCACAUACCGGAGAAGAGUGGGCCAAAACCUUCUCCAUGUACAACUCUGGUACCUACAACAACCAGUACAUGGUGUUGGACAGGAGCAGAGUGAAUCUGGGCCGCAGCGUUGAUGAUGGCGCUCUGACUGUGGUGGAGCAGAUCCCCGGGCUGGUGGAGUACUCUGACCAGACUCAGGCUCUGCGCAGAGGUUACUGGCCGUCCUACAACAUUCCCUUCCACCAGAAGAUCUACACGCUGAGCGGUUACGGAGACAUGUGGAAGGAGUAUGGAGAGGACUUCUCCUACGAUCUCUGUCCCAGAGCCAAGAUCUUCCGCCGUGACCAGGCUGAUGUCAAGGACCUAGACUCCUUGAAGUAUAUCAUGAGAUUUAAUGACUACAAGAAGGAUCCAUACUCCAAGGGUGACCCCUGCAAGACCAUCUGCUGCCGUGGCGACCUGAGGGCAAUGAAGCCUACACCGGGAGGUUGCUAUGACACUAAGGUGACAGAUUUCCACAUGGCUGGGGACUUCGGCGCGGAGGCGGUGAACGGGCCAACGACGCAGGACGGACUCCCGCCCUUCACCUGGGACAGAUUCAGCAGCAUCAGCCACAAGGGUCUGCCACAGAGCUACAACUUCACCUUCGUCAGGGUGCAGCCUCUUCUCUUUAAGCCAUGAGGGAGGGUGUGUGUGUGUGUGUGUGUGUGUGUGUGUGUGUGUGUGUGUGUGUGUGUGUGUGUGUGUGUG